AUGACUGAUGCUCCCGAACCCUCCACAAAACAGGAUUCACGUCCGCAGGAUGUCUCGUCGCUGCAGCUUCGCCUCCCACCCUUCUGGCCCCAGAACCCGCAAGUUUGGUUUCACCAGAUCGAGGCGCAAUUCUGCCUCUAUCGCUUCACUUCAGAAACUGUACGCUACUGCUCCGUCGCCUCAGUACUUCCUCCUGAUGUUGCCAGUGAGCUCUCGGACGUUCUCUCCGCCUCCACAGGCGCUACACCAUAUCAGGUGCUGGAGAGAUUCAUUGCCUCGGAACGCACCCGCCUCCAGCAGCUCUUUAACGAGGAAGACCUUGGCGACCGGCGCCCCUCCCACCUGCUGUGCCGGAUACGACAGCUUCUCGGGGAGCGCGACGUCCCCACCCACUCAGCGUUGCUUCGAGAGCUUUUAUCCAACGCCUUCCUCAGCCCAUCCGCCUUGUCCUCGCGGCGGCCGGCGUCGUCACCCUGGACCGCCUGGCGGACAUCGCCAAUUAGGUUCAUGAGGCUACCUCCCCGUCCGUCACUGCUGCCUUACCGCCUACACACCCGGCGAUUUAACGCCUUGAGGCCCGCAUCGAUGAGCUCGCCACCUCAAUCGCUGCACUCCGGAGCACCCCACAAGGGAAGCGUUCACCACGUCUCGGCCAUCGCGCUCUUAUGCGCACACGUCAAGCGCGGAGUCCCAGCCAUCCGCCUCUCUGCUGGUAGCACCAGCGUUUCCGGCACCGAGCACGAGGUGCCAACCUCUCUGUUCGUGACCGCGAAACGCCUGCCGAGAUCAUUGAAGGUGGCUUGUCGUUCCAGCUGCCUUUUUGUGGUAAUCGACAAGUUCUCCGGCGCACAGUUUCUUAUAGACACGAGCGCGGAAGUCAGCGUGGUUCCCCCGACUAAGGCUGAUCGUUUCAGGUAA